AUGGAGCAGUCCCACGAGGUGGCGCGGGACGGCGCGGCGUCGCACAGGCGUAACGUGCACUUCAGCACCGCCACUGCCACCGCCGCUGCACCACGCUCAUGCUGGCCGCGCUGCAUCACGUCACCGCCUCACCAAGACCCCGGAGCGCCACGACGACUCCAGCGGUUUCGGCGUUUCCUGUGCAACCUGGCGACGAUCGUUGCAUUCUUCUACUUUCUCUUCCUGAGCAGCGUCGCCGUCAUCACCACGACGACCUCUCGCACCUUGGCAGGGCAGGCGCUGCUCGCCACGUGGCAAUCCGCGCAUGAUGUGCACAUCACGUCGAUUGAGUCGCUCGUCGAUAACGUGGGGAACACUAUGAUACAUCGGGCGAUGGCCGCCGCAGCCUUCUACGUCGACUCACCGAAUUUGAUAGAGAGCAACAAGACGCUGACGAUGCUGUGCGCGCAGAUGGUGAUGGGCGACACCUCGUAUCGCCUCCGCGCUCUUUCCUUAGCGUCCGUCGAGAAGAGGCAGUACGCGUCCUGCAUGCACGCAGACCCGGCAGAUCCUUCUCUCUCGACCAUAUCUGCGAUGAUGUCCAACAAGGAUCGCAUCUCGAACAUAUACUAUAUUAACCCUGACACCUUCACCUCCUUUGAUCCACCCAUCAUCAAAGGCUUUCACGACUCCCGCUUAACCCCGGAGGACGUAGUUCGCAAGUUCAAAGCGGCCGUUUCCACCUAUGAGAAGCUCGAUGCGUACCUAAAUGGGACGCUGAUCACGUUACACCGGCGCGAUCUUUGGGCCGCCCCACCAACCCAACCGAACAGACUCUACUUUACGCUUCCUGUCGUGAUGCUCGGCGACAUCGUUCCCUGCUGCGGCGUUGUUCACGCUUCUGACGUUGCGCAGACGCUCAUUGAAGGUGGCACGUUCUUCACCAGCAUUCACCUCAACGAUCCUUCGUCCUCGACGCGCGUCAUGGCUCUCAUCAGCCAGUCCCUCGGCUACGAUGACCCACAGGUGCUCUCCGUCAACUGGGGCCAACCCGUCGUGCAUAACCCGACCUUCUCCAUCCUCGCCGACACCCACACGACCUACCUGACGGUGAGCGCCAUCACCGACCCCCUCAUGCGCGAGGCGGUGACGCACAUCGACCUCGCCGCUCUGCAGCACAAAGACGGCCGCCAAAGCGCGAGCUUCCGCUACCGCGGUGCCCCGGCCAUCGUGACGGCGUGGGUGUACACCAGCGACCUCGGCCUCUCCUUGCCGAUCGUUGUGGUCAGCCCACAGUACGCCGUCGCAGGACCGUACAUGAUGGUCAAGGACCUAUGCACUGGUAUGGUGGCCCUCGCGGUGCUGUUGCUGACGGCGCUGUGCUACGGCGCGAUGGACCGCUACCUAUCGCGGCCGUUACGGCGGGUGACGGCAGCGAUGCUAGCGAGCGUGCGACGUAGAGUGCGGCAGCCGGUGCGGGCCGACGCGUGCGACGUCGUGCAGCUGAAGGAGACGCGUGACCUAACGGCGGCGUACAACGCGGCGAUGGCGCAGCUGCGUGUGGUGGACGAGUUCGUGCCGGAUGCGCUGCGCAGCUCCCCGAGUGGGAACGGAGUGGGGCGGCGGGGCACCUUGAAAGCCGCAGCAACAGCAGCACCGCCUCAGCUGCGGCAGCAUUACCUGUCGAUCGUGACGGUACGCGUGCGUUCGGGCGGUGGGGGCGGCGUGGACACGGCGACGUUGUUGCGGGAGCAUUACGGCGACGCAGGGCGUGGACGCUUUGCGGCCUUCGUGAACGCCGUGGCGGAGGCGACGACGCACAUGGCGAACAGCGGCCCCUUUGCGAGUGCCGGUGCUCUGGCCGCCUUCGUGGCGGCGGUGCGGGAGCUCUGCAGGGUUCACCACGGCACGGUGCAUCACGUGGCGCCGGACCGCUGCGUGGUGCACUUCGCGGACGCGGUGGAGGCGGCGUGCAGCGGUGCAGGCGGCGACGCGGACGUCGACAUCGAGUGCGGCGCGACGACGGAUGCGUGCCACGCGGUGGACUUCGCAUUGGCGCUGCAGCAGUGGGUAGAGCGACGCCCAGUGCAGGAGGGCGCGAAGAUGCCGGACGUGCGGGUGCUGGUGGACACGGGUAUCUUUACGAGCGGGCAGUACCGUGCGGCGGCGCAGGAGCAGAUGGUGUCGGUUGCGUUCGGCCGCGACGUUGAGCGGGCAGUGGGCCACGUGCCUGGUGCGAUCGGCGUGCGCGUCGCCGUGACGGAGGAGACGGCGGUGCGGGUGCGGGGAUGCCUGGCCGGCGGUGCGCCCGGAUCGCGCGAAUGCGGGCGGCGGCAGAUCCCGGUGGAGGUGCUGCACACUGGUCGCGCAGGGCUCGAUGCGGACGUGGUGAUCCUGUUCGAGGUGCUGCCCGGGGUGGUGGAGGGCGACGAGGCGUGGCAGCUCUACACACGGUGCUGCUUCGACGGCUUCAGCCACAUGGUGCACGGCGACUACGCGGCGGCGCUACAAGCAUACAAACGCGUGGCGGACAUCUCGGACCUGGAGCCGGGGCUGAUGCCUGCGAGUCUGCGCCGCGAGGCCGCGAGGAGCGACGUCACCGGCGGUGCGGUGUCGGUGCAAGUGGAGCGGCUAAUCGGUGAGUGUGAGCGGCGGCUGCAGGUGGGGUGCGCGGAGGGCUUCCACCGUGAGCGCCACGUCCCGCUCGGCGUGGACGCGUUGCUGGCGGGGCAGCCAACCGUCGCCGCUGCGUCGAGCACCGCGGCCGUGACUGCCGGUGCAGCCUCGACGCGGAUCAAAGAUGGUGCCAGCGGCCGAAAGAGCAGCAGCAGAAGCAGAAGCGGGGGCCGGUCGUGCCGCCCAGCGAGUACAGCGCGUGGAGUGAAGUCGCCGCGGCCGGCGGGGUCGGGGACCCCCACCUGGCGCUACGUCGUUUGUUUGGACACGGCGACGGGGCCCGUGCGGCGCGCACUCGGCGGGCGGCCGGAGUGGAUCUGCGACAACUACGGGCUUUACUGGUACUUGCCGACGCACGCGGAGCCGGCGAAGGCGGCAGACGUGUGGAUGCGGCCGUACACCGUUCUCGGCUCCACCGGCACAUUGUCCACCGCGACGACGUUGUUGCUGCGCGAGGGGGCAGACGCGUUCAGCCGCGUGAUAGAAGGUGCACCAGACGGUCCGAUGUCGGACGAACUGCGCAGCGCGGUGCCGGUGUGGACUGUCUCCGACGCCACCAAGGCCAAAAUACAACGUCUCUUCGACACACACGUGUCGGAUGAACACCCCAACCUGCUUCACAUCGUAGCGUACUCUCUUUCCGUCGAAGGAUGUGCGACGAUGAUGUGGGAGUAUUGCCCUGCUGGGACGCUGCGUGACGUCAUCAAGCGCUACCUCUCGCUGAAGCCGGUGUCGAUUGUGAGUUUUGGCUUAAGCGUGCUGGCGGCGCUGUCUCAUCUGCACGCGAAAGGCCUCGUGCAUGGAUUUCUCUCCCUCGACGCCAUUAGCGUGGGGUCGGAUGGGGUGUGUCGGCUUAUGAACCGCUACACCGACUACGAGCUCGAUAACGAGGUCUUUUUCUUUUCUCGUACGUGCUGCCUGAGUCCCGCCAUGGCAGCGGGUGAGCGACCGACGCCUGCGUGCGACAUGUUCUGCUACGGUCUGAGCUGCCUAGAGGCGUUGUCGCGGCUGCCGCCGUGGACGUGGGCGCCGGCAGCAGCGGAGCAGGAGGCAGAGGGGCAGUCGCAGCGGACGGAUGAAGAGCUGAGUGCGCUGAUGGCGGCGGGUGGGCAGGCGUUUGCUGAAGCGGUGGUGGCGCGACGUGUCGUUCCGCAUACGGCGUUGCUGGAUGGUGUGUUGGCCUCAAACGAGCACGGUGAGCUUUGUAGAAACACGCUGCGAAGUUGUCUCGCGUACGAUCCGUCGCAGCGCCCCACAGCAGGAGAAACGUGGGAGGUAAUUCGAAAGCUGCUGGACCAUGGGCGACCCCGCAAUUGA